GGAGGAAGAACAUGACCGGGAUCCCCACGGGGUAAACGGCCAGGGCGAGGACAAUCAGGGGCAUGUACCGCAAGUAAUAGCGGGAUCGGCAAUCGAUGGUGAAGUCCGACACCAGGUACCGGCGCCCGUUGUCGAGGGUACGGCAGUUAACCGCACCGAGGACCACGCGCGAGACGGCCGGGUAGAUGAGGAGAAUGAUCCAGAACCAGAAGGUGAUCAUCCGAGACGUGUAGCGUUCCACGGAAAAUCGCUCCACGUUCUCCUGUUUUUCCAACAGGGUCAAUUUGUGCUUGAUUUCCAAAAUCG